GCUUGUACAAUAUAUAAAAGGAAAUUGAAGUUUGUAAAAUUUAGCUCUCCUGCUUUGGAAGUUAUCAAAAUAAUACAGAUGGAAUUUGAAGACCGUUAACUCAAAUUAGAGAGAACAAAGGCACAGUUGAAUUCUGAGAUUUACAAACUACUAACUGUGAAGGGAGGAUUAUAUCUUCCUCCUCAAAAGAAGGCAUCCAUGAAAUUCAUCAGUGAUAUCUGAUUUUGUGAACGAGAGGUUCUUCAUUCUUGGUUGAGGGUUCUUUUGAGUAGUAAAAUAGGCUCUUGUAUCCCACAUUGCAAGCUUAAUAUCAGAUGAUUAGAUGAAGUUUAUCAUUGAGAAGUGUGAUGGUGAACGUUAUCUGCCUUUCAAUUGGCAGAAGCAAGUAUCGGACAAUAUUUUCUCGGAAAUCUAUAUAUUCUCUUUGUUUUAACUAAUUUUAAUAGGCAACUCAUUAGAUCCAGAUGGGUUUCAAGAAAAAUAAAGAAGAUCUUGAAUGCAAGAAAAGAAACACUUUUGAAGGAAAGAAAUCUCAGCAUAAAUAUUUCGUUUAACAUUGCAGGAGUCUUAAAGUCUUCUUGGAUGGUAGCAAGUAUGGCGAUAGAAAUCAUUCAUAUGUUUAGUGAGAAAGGGCAAAAACUAUAAGUUGCUCAAAAAGAACCUUCGGAGAAAAGAGAGAAAUUCAGAGCUAAACUAGGAGGAGCUUGAGCAGGCUGCGAAGAAUUUGAAAUUCUUAAAAUUGAGAUAAAAUUUUUUACCAACAUCAUUGAGGAAAAGAAGAAGCACAUUGAUGAUCUAACUGGUGACAACUAAUUCUUCAAAACCCUUUACUCAUAAGGAAUCAUUGAUGCUGAUGGA